UAAUAUUAUAAUCAGGAAAUUAAAAAACAAUGCGAGAAAAUAUCACGUUCAACGGCGGCCCAGGCUCAAAGUCUACUUCUCUGAGUCGCUGUAAAGAAAUAAUGCAGGCUACUAUUUAGUUGAAUUUAUCAGCUGUUAAUUAUAUUGUUGGUAAUUAUAUUGUUGAAUAAUGCUAUAGCAAUAGCAUACUGCAAAUCCGCCGUGAGAAAGUGAUGAUUGGCGGUCGUAGAGAGGCCGCGCUGAUGAAGAAGGACGGCGGCCAAUCGCUGCGUAAAUCGAGAAUCGCUGCCGCGAUCUUCGUCGGGAUUUUACUCGGUUGCGUCUUCGCCUUCUUCUAUCCGAACGGAUUCUUCGUCUCAUCGUCAUCGCCGCUGAGUCGCCGCCUCGUCGCCGCCUCCGAUCCGGAGGUUAUUACUUCUUCAUGUGAAUCAUCAGAACGCAUCAACUUGUUGAAAUCAGAGUUUGUCUCUGCUUCAGAGAAAAAUGCAGAGUUGAAAAGGCAAGUUAGGGAGUUGAAGGAGAAGCUUCGGUUUGCUGAGCAAGGGAAGGAUAGUGCACAGAAACAGGUGAUGGUGUUAGGCGAACAGCAGAAGGCUGGGCCUUUUGGCACUGUUAAGGGAUUGCGAACCAACCCCACAGUUGUACCUGAUGAAUCUGUCAACCCGAAGUUGGCCAAGUUACUGGAGGAAGUUGCUGUGAAUCGUGAAGUCAUUGUUACACUUGCCAAUUCAAAUGUUAAGGACAUGUUGGAGGUGUGGUUCAAAAAUAUCAAAAGAGUGGGUAUACCUAAUUACUUAGUCUUUGCAUUGGAUGAGGAAAUUUACAGUUUUUGUCAAUCAAAUGAUGUUCCAGUAUAUAAAAAAGACGUAGAGGAGAUAAAGGAAGAUAAGAACUUUGAAUCUAUUGCAAGAACUGGAGGAAAUCAUGCUGUCUCAGGAUUGAAAUUUCGGAUCUUGAGGGAGUUCUUGCAGAUGGGAUAUAGUGUUUUGCUCUCAGAUGUCGACAUAGUCUACUUGCAAAAUCCAUUUGAGCAUCUGUACAGGGAUUCGGAUGUGGAGUCCAUGACUGAUGGACACAAUAAUAUGACAGCUUAUGGAUACAAUGAUGUUUUUGAUGAACCUGAAAUGGGUUGGGCUAGGUACGCUCAUACAAUGAGGAUAUGGGUUUACAACUCUGGGUUCUUCUAUAUUAGACCCACAAUCCCCUCUAUAGAGCUCUUGGACCGUGUGGCUGGUAGGCUGGCUCGAGAGAAUGCUUGGGACCAGGCAGUCUUUAACGAAGAGCUUUUCUACCCAUCACAUCCUGGUUAUGAGGGGCUUCAUGCAUCCAGAAGAACUAUGGAUUAUUACAUGUUCAUGAACAGUAAAGUUCUCUUCAAAACCGUAAGGAAGAACCCACAAUUGCGCAAGCUUAAGCCAGUCAUAAUCCACAUAAAUUAUCACCCUGAUAAGCUGUGGCGAAUGAAAGCAGUUGUGGAUUACUAUGUGAACGGGAAGCAAGAUGCUUUGGAGUCCUUCCCUGAUGGUUCAUCUUAGUAAGAAAAUUUCCUAUUCAACACAUAUCAUUAACCUCUUCCAUGAAAACUACAUAUUGGGAAUUCAUAUUUUGUAUCAAACUGAGAAUUUGUUUAAUCUUACUCUGCAGAACUGUUUUUUAGUAUUCUAGUUCACUUAGCACUUUUUGCUGACAAAGCCAAAAGGCUUUUGCUUCUGAAGAAAAGCUCGGAGUUGAAGUAACUUCCAUGACAUUACAGAAGCUCUGUGCAAUCAUCCUUCACCAUAUACAAGAGGUCUUAAUUACAGAACGUUUCUACUGGCAUGUCAUAGCAUCGCUUCACUAUACAGGUAAAUCACCACGGGAUCUUUUUUGGUUUGGUACGUCACAAAUAAGAACGACCCCUGUGACUUGUGUGUACGCUUCACUAUGGAAACUCUAUUUUGGCUUUUCUCAAUUUCUGAACCUGUUUUGAGGCUUGUUAUCUGGAUUCUUUGCUUCAAGAGUUUGUACUAGAAAUGGUCCAUAUAUUUUCUUUAGCUUAUCCUGCAUAACCAUACUAUUCCUAAUUAGAUAUUGAUUAUCGGCUUUGUUAA